GCUGGGUUUCUUUCGAUUGGAGGGUGCGCUUUCGAAGCGCUCUUUCAAGUUGAACAUAGCACUAUUCACAGCCUUUAUGUGGUCUCAGUGCCAUGGCCAAAGAUGUCAGGACUGCGGGUACAAAGUCAUCGCCCCGCGUCGAGGUGAGGCGUUCGGAACGUUUGAAGCAGACACCCCAGAGGCCUCAGAACAAGGCACCCAAAGAGAAGCUGGGGCGGCUGGCUCUACUGGAAUGCGACUUCGCAGUAGAGGAGCAUCGAGAUGGCAACUCUGAUGCUCCCGAGGAGCCUGCAGAAAAAAGGCGCCACAGUGAAAGGGUGAUGCCGCAGCAGAGGACAGUGCUGCGUCGCUUCAGCUUCCAGGAGUUGGAGGAAGCGGCGAAGGCUGAAGGCAUCCCCAACUUCUUCAGCUGUGAGGUGUGAAGAACCUGAAGCUCAUCCUUGUUUGGGUCAAGAAGGAAGGGCGACAGAGGUGGAAACCACGAUGCGGGUUGAGGAACGGCUCUGCGUUUUCUGCAUGUGUUGGCAGUCAAGCGAUCUUCAAAAGUUAUAUUUAUUUCUUGUUCCUAGUAGCUUCUUGCUCCUAGUAGUAAGGCCAGGAGCCCCUAGUAGCAUCCUUGCUCCUAGUAGCGAUGCCCUUUAUAGGGUUUCCGGAGUUCUGUGGUGGCUAUUCUGCAGGUUCCCUUGCUGGGAGUAAGCCUUCGCUACAACUAGCAAACAGUCUUUUGUGUAAAGUACGGGGUCUAAGUAUCCAAACAGUAGUAACUAUAUACUACUUGCAAGGACACGUCUUAAAGGAGUCUCAUGUCUGAGUCUCCAAACAGCUGCAGCUGCUGCUCCAACUACUAAUUCUGGUUCUCCUAGUACUGCUUCCACUACAACGAUGAUGACGACGAUAGUCACGACCUCUGAACUACCACCACCACCGCCGCAACCUCCCAAAGUCUCACUUAAAUCCUUUAUUAAACCUCAGACCGACCAAAAAUUGUGAAAGAAUGCACCAAAGCAAAGCUAGA